AUGAAACUGUUUCUACUAACUCUAUCCGUGGUGUGUGCCCUGGUGGCUGCCACUCCGGCCAACCGCACCUCCCUGCUGCCCCAGGUGAUAAUCAACGAGACUCCGGAGGGUCGCAUUGUCCUGGGCUACCCCGCUCCCGAGGGCAAGGCUCCCUACAUCGUCGGUCUGCUGAUCCGCACUGAUGGAAGCAACGGUGCUGCCGUCGGAGCUGGCACCAUCAUCGCCAACAACUGGGUGCUAACCGCCGCUCACUGCCUGACCACCGACUCCGUGGACAUCCACUACGGCUCCAACUGGGGCUGGAACGGAGCCUUCUCCCACAACGUGCGCCGCGACAACUUCAUCAGCCACCCCGACUGGCCCAGCCAGGGUGGCCGAGACAUCGGUCUGAUUCGCACUCCCCACGUGGACUUCAACAACCUGGUCAACAAGAUCCCCCUGCCCAGCUUCAGCGAGGAGAACGAGCGCUUCCAGGACACCUGGUGCGUCGCUUGCGGAUGGGGUGGCAUGGACAACGGGGACCUUGCCGACUGGCUGCAGUGCAUGGACGUGCAGAUCAUUAGCAACAGCGAGUGCGAGAGGUCGUACGGUUCCGUGGCCAGCACUGACAUGUGCACCCGCAUGUCCGAUGGAAAGUCUUCUUGUGGUGGAGACUCCGGUGGCCCCCUGGUUACACACGACAACGCCCGUCUUGUCGGAGUCAUCACUUUUGGUUCCGUGGGCUGCCACAACGGCCCCUCGGGCUACACCCGCGUCACCGACUACCUGGGAUGGAUCCGCGACCACACCGGCAUCUCCUACUAAGCUUCCUGGGAAUGUCAUAGGGCAAUGAAUAAAUUCUUAUAAAACAGCAAAAUUAUAUUCGUUUUAUGAGCAUGGAAA